AUGUCCAUGUUAUCUCCAGAUUUAAAUGUUGGCGAUAUGUCACCACCACCAGCAAUGAUGUUAGGUGUAGUUGUAGUUGUAGUUGUAGAUAACGGUAUUGAAAAUGUUUUCAUGCUUUUUACUUUGAUGGGUAUCAAGCUUGAUGUUAUCAUGCUAUUAAUAAUUCCAUCGGAAGAAGAAAUUGAAAUUGUUGGUGUAAUUUUGGCAUUGAUUAAUCAAACUAAAAAAAAAUUUUUAUAA